AUGAACUGAAAGUUGGAUUUAUUUCAAGUACAGUGUACUCAGCUCACAGGCCCGGCAAGCUUUGCGCAAGUGACUGGAGCUAAUAAUAUUUCAAACACUUCAGUGCAGUCCCAAGGAGAUUGAAAGCACAAUGCCAUCCAAGGCAAGUUUCUCACCCCUCAAAGCGCCGCCUGCUACGGCAGGUUAUCCUGGGGCAACCAGGGAGAAGUGGGGUAACAAGGCUCAGUUCAUCCUAGCCUGUGUAGGAUAUGCUGUCGGUCUAGGGAAUGUCUGGAGAUUUCCUUACCUCUGUUAUAAGAGUGGUGGCGGUGCGUUCCUGAUCCCCUACUUCCUCACCUUGUUCCUGACCGGUCUACCUCUUCUCCUUCUUGAGUUUGGUCUUGGUCAAUACAUCCGAUAUGGACCGGUAGAAGCCUUCAAGAAGAUCACCCCUCUCUUCAAAGGUACUGGUGUAGCAACUGUGAUGAUCACAUUCCUCCUCACAACCUACUACAAUGUGAUCAUGACUUGGGCCCUGUUCUACCUCUUUGCCUCAUUCCAGAGUGUGUUACCAUGGUCUCAAUGUAAUAUGACCUGGAACUCGGAGGAUUGCUGGUCCCAAGAUGACUACCUUAAUCUGGGUCCUAAUGAGACUCAACCUAAUGGAUCCAUUUCAUCUACCCAAGAGUACUUUGACCACCGAGUACUGCAGAUCAGUGGUGGAAUUGAUGAACCAAAUGGCAUGCGCUGGGAGCUGUUUGGUCUAUUAUUGUUAGCCUGGGUCCUGGUCUACUUCUGUCUCUUCAAAGGUGUUGCUACGUCUGGCAAGGUUGUGUAUUUCACAGCCACCUUCCCUUACCUGGUUCUGAUUGUACUCUUGAUAAAUGGUGCCCUCUUGGAUGGAGCUGGCGAUGGUAUCAGCUUCCUCUUCAAACCACGCUGGGAGCUCCUCAAGAAAGCAUCUGUUUGGGAAGCUGCAGCCGCUCAGAAUUUCAACUCGAUUGGGAUCGCCUUUGGAUCUAUGAUAGCACUUUCUAGCUACAAUGAGUUCAAGAAUAGGUCUAUAGUUAGAGAUACUCUGACCAUCUGUGGGAUCAAUUGUUUCACGAGUAUCUUUGCUUCUUGUGUGAUCUUCUCUGCACUGGGUUACAUAGCUAAGGUCCAAGGAGCUGACAUUGAGGAUGUAGUUGUACAAGGUCCUGGUCUGGUGUUUGUAGUGUACCCGGUUGUAUUUAACACCAUGCCUGUUCCUCAGUUAUGGUCUGUACUCUUCUUCCUCAUGCUGGUCUGUCUGGGAAUAGAUAGUCAGUUUGCUAUGGUUGAGGUGGUGGUAGCGACCUUCAAUGAAGGUUUCCCCAAGCUUCGUCAAUUCUAUUUCAACCGGAAAGAGAUCCUGGUCCUCUAUAUAUGCAUCAUCUCCUUUCUCCUUGGUCUACCUAACAUCACUAGGGGAGGGAUGUACUUCUUCCAGAUCAUGGAUUGGUAUACAGCAGUCAUCUCUCUUUUCUUUGUAGCUAUGGGCGAGGCUGUAGCUGUAUGCUGGGUGUAUGGUGGUAAUCGUCUUGCUAAGAACAUCGAGGCUAUGACAGGAUCUUAUCCUAACAUCUACUUCAGAGCCUGCUGGUUGAUCAUCUCACCCCUCCUCAUUCUGGCCAUCCUAAUCUUCACGAUUGUGGACUAUAAACCAGUGACGUAUGGUGAUUACGUGUACCCUGCUUGGUGCCAAGGCCUUGGUUGGUGUGUGGCCCUUCUAUCUAUCCUGUGUAUGCCUAUCGGUGCCAUCCAUACAUUGGCUACGUCUAAGGGUUCCAUGAAAGAUCGUCUGUUGGAUGGUCUCAAGGCUCAGUUUGAUGAUGAAACUCACAUCAAGCAAUGUGAAGGACACUAUGACCUUGAUCAUGACCAUGACCUUGACCUUGAGAUGACUAGCAAGCCUCCAUCCUAUGACAUGGUCGUUGGUAAUGUUGCCUAGAUACCUGGAAUGUGGUAUAUUACUUUCUCAUGAUCAGGUUAUCAUUCUGAGCUGUGAGAGUAUAUGUAUAUAUAUCUGUAGAUGAACUGAUUGUGUUUGUAUAGUGAUAUCACUUGAAUCGGAUGUGAAUACAAUUUGGGUGACAUAUGUUUUGAUGAUAAUUGCUGCAAACUCCUCUCAUGACUUCAACGCAGGCACCUAACCCUAACCCUAACCCUAAACUCUACCUAACAGCUAAUCACAACCCAUGUUAUACAUGUAACCUUCUCUAUUAGAGGGACUAAAGCCUGGAGCAAUGUCACCAGAGUGUUGUUAGAUCUCCAUGGUGAUAGGUCAGGAUUCUCAGGAAGUAGUGAUACGUAAUUACCUCUGAAUUCAAUUGUAUUGCUUAAAAUGUGAAAGUACAUGUAUAUGUUUAUAAAUCUGUAGAUAUAACUGACUUUGUUGAUGGUAUAAUGCAAGAAUACAUGUUGAUUAAUCCAUCUGAUUGGGUGUCAAUACUAUGCAUACUAAGUUUGUAUGAUCUGCAUUGUAAAGGCUCUGGAAUAAUCACUGUUACAAGAAAAUAAUUUGGGAUGGUAUUCUGAAAACUAUGUUUAGGGUAUGGUAUGUUUUUCUUUAGGUAACGCCCCUGGCAUGCCCAUUUUCUCCUCUGAUUAGACAUGUUAACUUGUAUCAAGUUAUGGAGUGUUUCAUCUUGUAUCUCGAUCAGAAAAUCAUGUUAAGAUAAUAUAAAUAAUUAGUGAGAAUAGCCUCUUGAAUCAUGUAGAGCGUACAGAACAGAAAACAUUCAAGUGUUAAAAAAAGAUCAUGUUUUAUGUAUAUGAACAGCUACUGCUUCAAAUCACUGCAUGAAUAAUUAGACCCUGAGAAAGUGA